AUGAUGACACCAUCAUUGCUACCUGCUACUGCAAUGAUGCUUGCAAUAGAGGUGGCGGAGAUGGUGCCAUCGUCAUCUAUUCUCAGGAUGCCCACGGAGUCUCCAAGCCUGUUGUUUGUGCAACCGCAUGCUAUUUCAAUCCCACCUCCACCUCCGACCUCCACCGAUAGCCCACCUCCACCUCCGACCUCCACCGACAGCCCACGUCCACCUCCACCUCAACCACCGACAGCCCACCUCAACCUCCACCUCCACCGACAGCCCACCUCCACCUCCGACCGAACCGAUCUACGGCUGAAACCACCUCCACUUCUGCCAUCCUCCCACCUCCCACCUACCCACGAAGAACCUCCACCUUUGGCUCGCUUUUCAAAAUUCAAAUUUCCCCCACGAAGAACCUCCACCACUCACGAAGGACCUCCACCUUCAGAAUAUAACCCACCCCCACGAAGAACCCAAUGA